UCAAUAUUUUCCGUACGCACGAUUAAUUUGUCAUACAUAUCUUCAAUAAUUCUUGAUAAUAAUGAUAAUCCAUAGCUUCGAUAAGCUAGAAUAAAUUCUCUCCUGCAUAGAACGAAUGUCGGUAAGAAACAUUGGCGGGCGCUUUAGAUUGCUUCGUCGGUAAAAACAUUGAGAACUCCUUGGAGCAUUCCUCCGGCUCCGGGUGCUGGGAACGUUUUUGAGUGAAUCCUCUAUCAUCGAUCAUCAUGGUUUCAAAUUUAAUAAAUCGAUUGAAUAUAGUAUUGACGAAGUGUGAAUACUUCAUCGCAUCAUUCUUUGGACCUAGAUUUCCCCCAGGAGCACUCUGCAGUAUACAAUUGAGUAAUCAGCGAUUUACUGCAGACAAUUUUAAUGGAGUUAAAGCGUCACGUUCCCUGAAGGAUAUCAUAGGGGAUGGAAUUCUGUGGGCUGUGCCAAAGCACAGAAGGAGCUUGGAGAAACGAAUGACCAGGAGGUUUGGCUCUCCUGAUUAUAUUUGGAAGAUGCUUAAGCCGAAGAAUCUUCUUUAUUGUGCUGCCUGUGGACAUCCUCAUGAGCCCGGUCUCCUCUGCCAUCACUGCUAUGGAAGAGUGAAAGCUGAAACAACAGAAAUUCAAGACGCAAUUCAACAAAAUCUUGGUUUGGAACCAGUGGAGCAGAACGUAGUUGUCCUCUAUGAAGGAGAGAAAGAAUCGAAAGGAGCUGAAUACUGGAAAGGGCAGAGAAUUGUUGAGCUCCCGAAGAAAAGACCUGCCUGGUUCCACUCGAAUUUAAUGCAACCCACCACUCAGGAACCUGCCGAGAUCAAUGAUGUUAAACCUGAUCAAUUAGCUUAAAGAAACUAUUUGUAAUAUUUUAAUAAUGAACUUCGUUUUCAAACAUUAGAAUUAUAUCUUUCUCUGUCUAAAAA